GAAUAUGACGUUGAAUAUGACUGUAUAUGCUCCUUUUAGGCUAUGCAAACACUCAGCUUUGGCAGAACACUAAGCGAUAAAAAAGAUAGAGAAAACAGACAAUUAACUCAUAAUUUUAGUUUGAACAUAAAGGUAAAAAUGUUCUUAAAUUUUUCAAWGGUUUCUGAAGUAAAAGAAAGUUAUUUUGCCAGUGCAAAUUCUUCAUAUUCUGUUCUGUUCUGUCCUUCUUGAGCUGAUUGGWUUUUGUGGCACAUCUUUUCCGGUUGUUGCUCAGAUCCCAGAGGAAAUGGUGACCCAGUCCCGCAACUCCUACAUGGAGGCUGCGCUGAUGGUGCCCCCGCUGGAGGAGCUUUGCAAGGUCCAGGAGGAGGAAGAUGUGGAUGAGGAAGUGGAAGAAGAGGAUGAGGAAGCAUCCUACAACGCACACAUAGAAGGGCUGAUCCAGAACCUGCUGAAAGAGGCCAAGGACAAGAGUAAAGGCUGGGUGUCCCGCUUGUCUUCUGACAACACGGAGCUGGCAUUUAAAAAGGUUGGAGACGGGAAUCCUCUGAGGAGGUGGCGGGUUUGUCUCGAGGUGUCGGCGUCUCCCUCUGAGGUCCUGCAGCGGCUCAUGAAGGAGCGCCUGCUGUGGCAGACAGACCUCCAGCAGGAGAAGGUUCUGGAAACGCUGGACAAACAAACAGACGUGUAUCAUUACACCUGCUGCAAUAUGGCGCCUCUGCCCUGCUAUGACUAUGUGGUACUAAGAUCGUGGCGURCAGACCUUUGUAAAGAGUCCUGUGCGCUGGUGUGCGUGUCCGUCGAGCAUGACGACAGCCCGCGUGUUGGAGCUGUGAGGGGGGUUGUGUUGGAGUCACAGUACCUCCUGGAGCCCAGUGGGACGGGGAAGACCAGGCUCACACACAUCUCCAGAGUCGAUCUCAGGGGAAGAUCUCCAGAAUGGUACAACAAAGCGUUUGGUCAUUUGUGUGUUAAUGAAGCCCAGAGGAUCCGCUCCUCGUUCCUCCCAGGCGAUCAGAGUCCUGAGGCGAAGAACUGAGCUUCAAACAUAUUUCUUCAUCCUGAAAACCAGUUUAAUCACCCAGGCGAUCUUUUCUUGGUGCUAAGUUACAGUUCUGGUCAGAUAUGAAAUCAGUAAUUUGGGGCUUUUAAAGAUUUAUAAGACCCAUCCAAUGUGGGUUUUCAGAGUAAAUUGAUUAUAAAACAAAAACUGCUACUAUGUUUUGUUUUUUUUGUCAACUUUCCGAUCAAUUUUGCUUGUAAACUAUAAAAAACAAAGGCCAUGCCACAAAGCAGAUGACUUUUAACAAGCUGUGUGAGUUAUGUCAAGAGGAGUGAUCAACUCCAGUCAGAAUAAUGGCARAUAAUUAUAUAUAUGGCAGAUAAUUUAUAUAUAUACAUAUAUAUAAAUCAUUAAAACCCCAAAUUAAAAUGAUGUUCAUAUCCAUGGUGAGUUGAUGUAAACUUCUGACUUGGACUGUACAUUAUGCUGAGUGGGCACAUAGGAGGAAAGUG